AUGGCACAACGUGCACGUCGAGAGCAUGAGAGAUCGGAACGUCUUCCAAGUCAGUUUACUCUUGUGCUUGCACAAAUUCCUGAGUUUCUAGCAGAACAAGCUAUUCAAACAAAUGUCUCCGGGUCAUCAUUUAUGCCGACAAUGCUUCGAGAAAAUCCUCUACAUAAUCUUUAUGAAGGCAAUUUUGUUGAAGGCACUUCGGUGCAAUCGACACCACCGUCUAUUGGUGCCAUGAACAACAUUACUAUUUUUGGCCAU